AUAAGAUCGGGAGUCUGAUCAAGACGAGUCAGGUGAUCGUAUAAAAGCUACCUGUGCCACAAGAGUCGAGACAUUUGUCUCCAAGCUGGGGGAUAACAACACCAUCAUCCCGCCACAGCUAUGAGAUUCUUGGUCGUUUGCGUGAUUUUGUUGGUCUUCACGCUAGUAGAUGGCGGUGUCGUGAGGCAGUCGGUCAAUCCCGAGUCCGUCAGUUCGACAGUGCUCCAUGAAAUUAUUAACCAACAAACGGCUCACGCCAUGUACGCCAUCAACAAUCAGCUAAUGGCUCAUCUGUUUCCUUAUACCAAUUUGCAUUACCCUUAUUACCCUCCAUUCCAUCGGAUGACACAAAGACCCCUUGCAUUUGUAAGGGAUGGCAAUAACAGCACCGUGUCCCCGACGAUUUGCAUGCAAGGUGGUUCUUGUUACGAUUACCACAGCGUCCAUCCGUUCGGGGAAGUUUGGCUUCAGAAACCACUGUUAUAAAUCGUCGCCUAUCAUUUUCCGAUAUGUCUAACUGUAUUCAUCUAUUUUCAUAAAUAA